GAGGGGAAGGGAAGCAGAGGAGCUUACCAGAUCCAAACAUUUAGUUCAUUUAAGGCUGUUUAAGAAGCUUUUGGAUGGAUGCGGUGUGGUUGGCAUGGAAGAGCAGUAUCAAUCUGCACCAGGUGGCAGAGCGGGUGGAGGCCCUUGGACAGUUUGUCAUGAAGACCAGAAGGACCCUCAAAGGCCACGGGAACAAGGUCCUGUGCAUGGACUGGUGCAAGGACAAGAGGAGGAUCGUGAGCUCGUCACAGGAUGGGAAGGUGAUUGUGUGGGAUUCCUUCACUACUAACAAGGAGCACGCGGUCACCAUGCCCUGCACGUGGGUGAUGGCGUGUGCGUACGCCCCAUCGGGAUGUGCCAUUGCAUGCGGUGGUUUGGAUAAUAAGUGUUCUGUGUAUCCACUGACAUUUGACAAAAAUGAAAACAUGGCUGCCAAAAAGAAGUCUGUCGCUAUGCACACCAACUACCUGUCGGCCUGCAGCUUCACCAACUCUGACAUGCAGAUCCUGACGGCGAGUGGCGAUGGCACGUGCGCCCUGUGGGACGUGGAGAGCGGGCAGCUGCUGCAGAGCUUCCACGGGCACGGGGCCGACGUGCUCUGCCUGGACCUGGCCCCCUCGGAGACCGGAAACACCUUCGUGUCCGGGGGAUGUGACAAGAAAGCCAUGGUGUGGGACAUGCGCUCCGGCCAGUGUGUGCAGGCCUUUGAAACACACGAAUCUGACAUCAACAGUGUCCGGUACUACCCGAGUGGAGACGCCUUUGCUUCGGGGUCAGAUGAUGCUACAUGUCGCCUCUACGACCUCCGGGCAGACAGGGAGGUCGCCAUCUAUUCCAAAGAGAGUAUCAUCUUCGGAGCUUCCAGCGUGGACUUCUCCCUCAGCGGUCGCCUGCUGUUUGCUGGGUACAACGAUUAUACCAUCAACGUCUGGGAUGUCCUCAAGGGGUCCCGAGUCUCCAUCCUGUUUGGACAUGAAAACCGUGUUAGUACUCUACGAGUGUCCCCUGAUGGGACUGCUUUUUGCUCAGGAUCGUGGGAUCACACCCUCAGAGUCUGGGCUUAAUCACGAUGCGCGCAGGUACCUGAGGAUAGAACUUGAAAUCGUCACAUGUAAAUAGAUCUUGCUUCUAGAGGAUGUGAGAUUGUAUUGCAACUUAGCUUAAGGGAGCAGCUCCAUGACAACGUUCACCAGGCAUCUCUGAUAUUACUAUUUAAACCACCACCCCGGAAAGAUAGCAGCUUGAGCCGUCAGCACUAUGGGAACACCUUCAAGUACAGUGCUUUUUAUUUUGAACACUUUUUAAAAUGUAUCUAUUUUUAAGGUUAUUUUAAAUUAUACUAGUCUCAACUCAUUCUAUUACCAGUCGAAUUCAGCAUUUAAUAUAUUCCAUGUUGUUUCCUUGAAUCACAUUUACUUUCCAGGGCACUUUAAAAUCUGAUUUUUCUCAGUGUACACUGUGACUUUGGGAACUUUCCACUGGACAUGCUGAUUCCAAUGGUCUGGGUGAGAAGGACUGUGUUCAUGGUCUUUGACAGAAGAAAAGUUCCAAUUCCAAAUGUAAUUAGACAAAAUCAAUUUUUUUAAAUGUGUUUUUGUGAAAGUAUCUUUUUUCAGCUUUGCAUCCUAUUGUCUUUUUUGAGCUGAGACAUUUCCAUAUAUGUGAACAGUUACAAAUGAAGCAGAUUUGCAUAAAAUGGACAGAAGAUUUGAUUUAUGAAUCAUGCGAUGGUGCGAUGUAUCACUGUAUCACAUGGACAGGACAUUUUCUUUCAUUUGCGGGGAAAGCUGAGUGCUGCUCAUGACACAGAUGCUUCUCAGAGCAACCGAAACCUUGCUGUGUGGGAACCCAGGACAGUAAACUUGACCUAUUUGUAGUGUUAGACGUAUUAGGAUUGGUAGCAUCCUCUCAGGAUAAAGUGAAUGUCAUCCUUAUCAGUUACACUCAUAUUUAUUGCAUUGCAGGUGUAAUUACAUAUACAAAUUAUUUGAUAGGUCUCGAAUGAUAAUGUCUUUGCUUCACUUAUAUUGAGAGAAAAAUACCAUAAAAAUAUCUUGUCUUUA